AUGCAAGAGUUGGAUAUUGACGGGUAUACGGUAGCGUAUCUGCUAACCUUUUCAUUGUGGAUUUUGAUAACUUUAGCUUUGAUUGCUCAACGUCAAAUUUUUCGCUUUCGGAAAAAUAAUAUGCGUCGAGAACAGAACUCAAUUGUCGGUGCAGGUCUUUCCAAGAGUAAAAGGAUUGAACUGAACAAAGGCAUCGAUGCAGUCUACCAGUUUCAAUUACUGCGUGCUCCGAAAUUUACGGAAAUAGGAACCAUCAGUGAACAUGCCAAUGCUCCUUACAUUUACCGAAUGAUUGCACUAGAUGAAUUACGUGAGAUAGACCGUCAGCUUCAGUUCAUCAACAGCGAUUUGUUACGGUUACCUGGGGAGUCUGCUUAUGCGUAUCUCAGCCGUCUUCGCUCACUUGCCCUUCCUAUGCUAUCGCAGUCUAUAAUUGAACGUAUUGGUUAUUUGGCUGAACACUGUCGUUUUCGAUCUCAGCCCUUUGGUGAGGAACAGCUCAAUGAGUUGAGAGAACUCAUCAUGGACGUAGUUAGAGUGCUAAACCAUGAACAAGAACGUCUUUCUGCGUUGAAGCUACAAAGUCGUAGUGGCACUUUUGAAGCUCCCACAAUGUCUUCUGAGGAUUCCGGAAGGAGGUAUUGA